AUGCCCAUUGGCAAGCGCAAACGUCUGAAAGAACACCAAGAAAGGUCAGCAUUUCCAAAUUUGCAAGAAUAUUGGGAACAUAAACAAAAACCGGUUGCAGAUUUAACGCCCUCGGCUGCGUUGUCAAAUCGCAUUCACACAUUCCGUUAUCCAUCUAGUUCUUCAAACAUCAGGAAUUGGGUAUCAGUGAAAGCUCCUGUAUCAUCGCAAGAGCCGAAACAUGCAGGCGAGACAAGCCCCAAGUUUUCUGACGGAAAG